AUGGAAUAUUGGCCAACCACACUCGGCUGUGACGCAGCUGGAGAUUCGGACCCCAAUUUUGCGGAGAAGAUUCGCCACAUCCGUGAUCCCAAGGCGCGCAUGGCAGUUGUCUGGUCGCACUGCAAAACGAAGAAUAUCUGUGAGCCUGAUGACCCCAAAGAAGAGGGCGCAGAUCCAGAGGCUGAAGAAGGGAGGAAGCAUGGCGGUUGCGGCCAUGCGCAGCCUCAAAUCAGGAAAGAGGGCCUCAAGUUGUUCGUUCAAUACAAGAAAGCAAAGGACGACGAUGAUGAGGUCAAGUCCAUGCAGCCUGACAAGCGGCUCAUCACACCGUCCGAAGUUUAUACAGUGUUCAAGAAGAUGUCGGACCACGACCUGCACCUUCUCGGGCUCUCCGAGGAGUAUGCGAGACCGGAGUGGAUGAUCCUCACGGUUAUGCCCGUUCCGCCGCCGCCCGUUCGCCCCAGUAUCGCCGUCGACGGCGGCGCCAUGCGCAGCGAGGACGAUUUGACGUACAAACUGGGCGACAUCAUCAAGGCGUCGGCGAACGUCCGUCGGUGCGAGCAGGAGGGCGCCCCGGCGCAUGUCAUCACUGAAUUCGAGCAGCUUCUCCAGUUCCACGUGGCGACGUACAUGGACAACGAUAUUGCUGGUAUCCCGCAGGCGCUGCAAAAGUCGGGUCGUCCUGUCAAAGCUAUUCGUGCCCGUCUAAAGGGCAAGGAAGGCCGUCUGCGUGGCAACUUGAUGGGCAAACGUGUCGAUUUCUCCGCCCGCACGGUUAUCACGGGUGAUCCGAAUCUGCAGCUCGAUGAAGUUGGCGUGCCGCGGACGAUUGCGAUGAAUUUGACCUUCCCAGAAAGAGUGACGCCGUAUAAUAUCGCGUAUUUGCAGGAGCUUGUAAGGAAUGGCCCGACGACGUAUCCUGGUGCACGCUAUGUUGUGCGAGACACAGGAGAGCGUAUCGAUCUGCGGUAUAACAAGCGUGCGGAUGCGUUUUUGCAAUACGGAUGGAUUGUUGAGCGCCAUCUUAAGGAUGGAGACUAUGUAUUGUUCAAUCGUCAACCUUCGCUGCACAAAAUGAGUAUGAUGAGUCAUCGUGUAAAGCUCAUGCCUUAUUCGACCUUCCGCCUGAAUCUUUCGGUAACGCCACCCUACAACGCCGAUUUCGACGGCGACGAGAUGAACAUGCACGUACCUCAGAGCGAGGAAACGAGGGCCGAGUUGAGUCAAAUCGCAUGGGUGCCCAGACAGAUCAUUUCGCCUCAGGCAAACAAGCCCGUCAUGGGCAUUGUGCAAGAUACCCUGUGCGGUAUUCGAAAAUUCACGUUGCGUGAUACCUUCCUGGACUGGAAUCAAGUUCAGAACAUCCUCUUGUGGGUGCCCGAGUGGGACGGCACAGUGCCCAUCCCUGCCAUCCUUAAGCCGAAGCCUCUCUGGACAGGAAAGCAGAUCCUGAGCUUGACCAUCCCUCGGGGGAUCAACAUUCAUCGCUCGCCCGAUCCCAAGUCCUCUAAUCCGGUGUUCGACGACGGUGUGCUGAUUGAGAACGGAGAGCUGAUCUUUGGUAUCGUUGAGAAGAAGACGGUUGGCGCGUCGCAGGGCGGUCUUGUGCACGUAGUGUUCCGCGAGAAGGGUCCGGAGGCUACUCGCCAACUAUUUACAGGUCUGCAGAUGGUCGUGAACUACUGGUUAUUCCACAAUGGGUUUAGCAUUGGUAUUGGUGACACCAUCGCUGAUUCUGCAACGAUGUCGUAUAUUACGCAGACCAUCGCGGAGCGCAAGGCGAACGUUGCGCAAAUCAUCGAGGAUGCCACCCACGAUCGCUUGAAGGCCGCGCCUGGUAUGACGAUUCGUGAAUCGUUUGAGAGUUUGGUCGAGCGCCAACUCAACUUGGCCCGUGACACGUCUGGUCAAUACGCGCAGAAGCACUUGAAAGAGGACAACAACGUGAAGCAGAUGGUGGUCGCUGGCUCAAAGGGUUCUUUCAUCAACAUCUCGCAGAUGUCGGUUUGUGUUGGGCAACAGUCAGUCGAGGGUCGGCGUAUUCCGUUUGGGUUCAGGCAUCGCACGCUGCCGCAUUUCACAAAGGACGAUUUCAGCCCCGAGUCGCGAGGAUUCGUUGAGAAUUCGUAUUUGCGUGGGUUGACGCCGCAAGAAUUCUUCUUCCAUGCCAUGGCUGGUCGUGAGGGUCUUAUCGAUACGGCUGUCAAGACGGCCGAGACGGGUUACAUCCAGCGCCGUCUCGUCAAGGCGCUCGAGGACGUUAUGGUGUGCUACGACGGCACGGUGCGAAACUCGCUCGGUGAUCUGAUCCAGUUCGUGUAUGGCGAGGACGGUAUGGACGGUGCAUUCAUUGAGAAGCAGACGAUCGAGACCUUUGGCCUGAAUGACCGCGAGUUCGAGCACAACUACCGCGUGGACGUCACCGACCCAGCGGGCGGAUUCAUCCCCGGCGUCCUCCAGGUCGGCAUCGACGACAGCUCGCUGGAGCUGCAGGUCAAACUUGACGAGGAGUUUGCCCGUUUGGUUGAGGACAGACGGCUCCUGAGGGAGUUUGUGUUUCCUCGGGUGCCCAACACGCAACCGCAUUAUCUUCCUGUUAACCUCCAUCGUAUCGUGCAGAACGCUAUUCAGAUCUUCCAUAUCGACCGACGAAAGCCUAGUGACCUUGAUCCUGCCUAUAUUGUCGACUCUAUCCAUGAGCUCGGUAAACGUCUGAUCGUCGUGCGUGGCGACGACAACCUCAGCAGAGAAGGUCAAGAGAACGCCACCCUCAACUUUAGGAUGCACCUCCGUGCAACGUUUGCUUCUCGCCGCGUGCUGGAGAAGUAUCAUUUGACACGGGAAGCGUUCGAUUGGGUGGUCGGUGAAGUCGAAACCAAAUUCAAUCAGUCCGUUGUCCACCCCGGAGAGAUGUGUGGUACGCUUGCCGCACAGUCCAUUGGAGAGCCGGCGACGCAGAUGACUCUCAACACUUUCCAUUAUGCCGGUGUGUCGAGUAAGAACGUUACGCUCGGUGUGCCGCGUUUGAAAGAAAUUAUCAAUGUCGCGACGAACAUCAAGACACCGUCGUUGACUGUAUACCUUGAACCCCAGAUAUCCCGGUCGGCAGAUUUGGCCAAGCAGGUCCAGCAGGAGCUGGCGUAUACCUCGCUGCGGACUGUUACCGCUGCCGUUGAGAUCUGGUACGACCCCGAUCCAUCAUCAACCAUUAUUGAGGAGGAUUCGGUGUUCGUUGAAUCCUUCUUCGCCAUUCCUGAUGAGGAAAUCGAGAGCAAGCUGCAUUUGCAGUCACCCUGGCUCCUCCGUCUCGAACUCGACCGUGCGAAGAUGAUCGACAGGAAACUCGACAUGCACUACGUCGCUGGCCGCAUCGCCGAGAGCUUCAAGACAGACCUGUUCGUCAUCUGGAGCGAAGAUAACUCGGAGAAGUUGGUCAUUCGUUGUCGUGUGUUGGGUAGUCCGGAUAAGGAGGAGGACGGCUUGGAGUCAGUUGAAGAGGACAUUUUCCUUCGUCAGCUUGAGAACACGAUGUUGAACUCUGUCAACCUGCGUGGUGUCAAGGGUAUCAACCGUGUCUUCUUGACGGAGCAGGACAAGGUCGUCGUGGCGGGCGAUGGCACCAUCCGAACGGACCAGCAGAAAGAGUGGGUGCUGGAAACGGAUGGCAUCAAUUUGAAGACGGUGAUGUGCAUUGACGGUGUCGACUUUACGCGGACAUACUCGAACAGCUGCGUGGAGAUCUUCAAUGUGCUGGGUAUCGAGGCGGCGCGUGCAGCGAUUCUGAAAGAACUUCGUGGAGUUAUCGAGUUUGACGGUUCGUAUGUCAACUACCGUCAUCUUGCUUUACUCUGCGACCUUAUGACCCAUCGUGGAACACUCAUGGCUAUCACACGCCAUGGUAUCAAUCGGGCGGAUACUGGAGCAUUGAUGAGGUGCUCAUUCGAAGAGACUGUCGAAAUUCUAAUGGAAGCUGCAGCCGUAGGUGAAAAGGAUGACUGCCAUGGUAUUGCGGAGAACGUAAUGUUCGGCCAGAUGGCUCCUAUGGGUACUGGCGCGUUUGAGGUGGCUCUGGAUAUUGACAUGCUGAAGGAUGCUAUUGUGGACCACCGUUUGCCGGUGCAGUCGAUGCUGGCUGCGCAAAUAGACGGUGGAAUGACUCCUGGCCAGGUGGCCAUGACACCUUACGACACUAAUUCACCGAUGUGGCAAGAUGGGCUGUUCAAGGGCGACCCAGCCUCGGCAUCUUUCUCUCCUCUUGCCUCCAAUACCGGCGAAGACGCCUCAAGCUUCCAGUUCCUUGGAUAUGGACAGAGCCCUCUCGGCGCUGGAGGAAUGUCUCCGGGUGGUGUGGGUUACAGCCCCAGCUCGCCGAAUGCGUACACACCCACUUCACCAAGCUUCGUACCCCAAUCGCCAUUCAGCGGCGCGACUUCCCCGUUCGGCACCUCUCCGUAUGCGUCAUCGCCCAUGUACGAUCGGGGAAGAGGCGCGACGUCCCCAACAUACUCGCCUACUUCCCCUGCGCUCAACUUGACAUCUCCGGGCUAUUCGCCCACCAGCCCACGAUACUCACCUACUUCUCCUUCAUUCUCACCUACGUCUCCUCGGUAUAGCCCGCAGUCGCCGUCGUUCAGCCCGACGUCGCCCAGGUAUUCACCAGCGAGUCCAUCGUUCAGCCCUGCGUCCCCCAGAUAUUCACCAAUUUCUUCUACCCUCCUCAUUGCGUUUAGCCUCCCCUGCUCAAAUGUCACCAUCCUCGCCCAAAUAUUCGCCUACGUCCCCUAUGCAAUCACCUUCGUCGCCGAAAUAUUCACCCACCUCGCCGGCUUACUCGCCGCAUUCUCCUUAUUCCCCUGCUUCUCCAGGUUACAGCCCUACUUCUCCAACGCCCUGGUCGCCCUCGAGCCCUGCGCAAAACCAGAACGGCAAUACGCGUAG